CUCUUUCCAGUGGAGUGGUGAUAAGAGAGUGCGUGCGUUUAUGGUUUCACCCUAUUUUAUACACUUUAUUGUCAUGUUAAUUAGACCUCAAAACAUUGAUAUGGUUGACAAAGCAAGCCUACACUGACAGAGAAGGCCCCACAAUUCAUCAAACAUGCAACAGGAGGAAAAAGUAAGCAUCCCUCCUGUCUUCAACUCUGUCUGCUCCUCUUCAGACCCUCUGUCCCUGGCUCAGUUAAGGAGGGUAUCAGUGGCACUGACGGACAGCUCCAGGACACAAGGACAGCGAGAGAUGGAUGAAGAGGACAGAAGAGCAGGAGAUCAGCCUGAGACACGAAAUGGAUCAUCUCCUUCAGCCUCAGGAUUAUCAACAUCCGCCUCCAUCUCAUGGACAGAGAAGACCAAGAAGUACUUCUGUUCUCUGUGUGGUAAAAGCUUCCACUUACGGUCUCAGUUUAUGCUGCAUCACUGUGCUCCCAUAGCAAAGAAGCAACACUCCUGCUCCCAGUGUGGCAAGGGUUUCUUUGAUGUGCGAAAACUCAAGUCACACCAGCACAUUCACAGAGGAGAGAAGCAACACCACUGCACUCAGUGUGGCAAGAAUUUUACUAGCGCCACAUCUCUGAAGAGACACCAGCACAUUCAUACGGGAGAAAAGCCACACAUCUGCGGUCUCUGUGGCAAGGGUUUUACAAGACGGUAUCUUCUCAAGCGACACCAGCACAUUCACUCUGAGGAAAGGCCAUACCAUUGCAGUCACUGUGGCAAGAGUUUCACUCGAGGGGAUCAUCUAAAAGAGCAUCAGCGCAUUCAUACAGGAUUGAGGUCAUACCGCUGGGCUCCAUUUGGAAAAGGACCAUCUCCUUUUUUGGGGUUUCCAGCAUCCACCUCUGUCUCACACAGAGAGAAAUACAAAAGAUACUCCUGUUUUCUGUGUGGCAAAGGCUUCCACUUAUGGUCUCGGUUCCAGCUGCAUCGCUAUGCUCACAUGGUAAAGAAACAAUACCCCUGCUUCAAAUGUGAUGAGAAUUUCCUUGUUGUGGCCGAACUCAGAUCACACCAGCGCGUCCACAUGGGUGGGAGACCACACCGCUGCACUCAAUGUGGCAAGGGUUUUCCUAUCAAGAGCACGCUCAACAGACACCAGCGAACUCACACAGGAGAAAGGCGUCACCUAUGUGCUCAGUGUGGUAAGACGUUCACCAGAAAGCAACGUCUCGAAACACAUCAGCAAAGGCAUACAGGAGAAAGGCCAUAUGACUGCAUUACAUGUGGUAUGAGUUUCUUCAAAAAGGAUACUCUCAAACAACAUCAACGCACUGACACAGGGGAGAAACCAUACCAUUGUACUCAGUGUGGCAAGAGUUUUGCGGAUGGAAGUAGUCUCAAACAACACCAGCGCGUGCACACAGGAGAGAGGCCAUACCACUGCAUCAUAUGUGGCAAGAGUUUUACUAGAAGUAAUCAUCUCAAGCAACACUACCAUGUUCACACAGGAAAGAAGCCAUACCUUUGCACCGUGUGUGGCAAAAGUUAUGCUAAAGGAUGUAGUCUCAAACAUCACCAACAUAUGCACACGAGAGAGAGGCUGUACCAUUGCUCUCAGUGUGAAGCGAGUUUCACUGCGAUGUCUAAACUCAAUGAACACCAGUGCAUUCAUACAGGAGGGAAGCCAUAUAACUGCACUCUGUGUGGAAAAGGUUUCACCCGUCAAAGCGAUGUUAAUAGACACCAGCGUGUUCACACAGGAGAAAGGCCAUAUAUUUGCGCACAGUGUGCCAAGAGCUUCACCAGAAAGGAUCAUCUCAAGAAGCAUCGAUGCCAUCAUGCAGGGGAAAGGCCAUAGCACUGCGCUUUUAAUUAGUUUAGUUUUAAUUGAGGGCAUCAUCUUCAACAACACUGGCGCAGUCACUCACUGCUCCGAGUCUAAUCCAGUGCAAAUUUGACCACUCUGGUCGUGAUCCCUUGUAGAUCUGGCAACAGUUUGGCCAUGAUUCAGUACCAUUCUGGUCCAGACCCAAAGAGAAUGGUGUGCUGUGAGGGUCACUAAACCAUUCAUGUUUUGCUGGGGAGUCAUUGUAAGUCAUUCAUGUUUUGCUGGGGAGUCAUUGCAAACCAUUCCUGUUUUUCCAUACCUCUUUCAAUAGUAAAUUAUUUUGUUUCUCUCCUGUUGUAGUGUCAUGUAAGU